ACAGUGGCCCAUGCGGGGAUCGAACCAGCAAUCUUGGUGCUACCAGGACCACGGUCUAACCAACUGAGCUAACCAGCCACCCACAAACACUAUUUUUGAUAGUACUAUUAUUAUCUCCAGUUUUCAGAGACAGGAGCAAGGCUUAGAGAGAUGAAGAAAUCUGGCCAAGGAAGUGGUCGAGGUGGAGAAUUCAAAUUCAGAUGCCCAUGGUUCAGUGCCCACCGGGCCUCUGCCUGCCCCAGCAUCCCCUGCGCGGCCAAGCUGGGUGCCUCGGGGAGUCUGGCCACCAUGCCACCUCCUCUCCUCUUCUUCCUUCUCUUCCUUACCCCCGUGGGAGUCAGGCUCCAGAAAUCUCAGCUGGUAGAGGCUAAAGAGGGAAGCAGUGCUGUGCUGCCGUGCCUCAAGAGGUCCUCAGAUGUUCCCCCCAAUCCGCGGGCCUUGUACGAGGCGUGCCGUGCAGAACGCUUGCUACAGCUGAGUGGACAGCUGCCAGGCCUGGGCAUCCAGGUGGGGCCCCUGGGCGUCCUGGUCAUCUCCAACGUCUCUGACCAGACGGGGGGCUUCUACCUGUGCCAACAGGGGUCCCCUUCUGAGCAGGCCUGGCAGCCUGGCUGGACAGUCAGCGUGAAUGGCAGCGGGGAGCUGUUCCGGUGGAAGGCUUCAGACCUAGAUGACUCAGGUUGUGACCUGGAGAAUAGGUCCUCAGAGGACCACAGGCCCUCUUCUGGUCACUCUGCCAGCUCCCAGCUGUACAUGCGGACCAAAGACCACCCUAAGAUCUGGGAGACAGACCCUGCAUGUGCCCUGCCUCAGGACAGUUCACACCAGAGCCUCAACCAAGACCUCACCGUGGACCCUGGCUCCCCACUCUGUCUGCCCUGUCGGUUUCCCCCUGCCUCCGUGGCCAGCGGCCCCGUCUCCUGGAUCCACAUGCACCCCAAGAAGCCUAACAUUUCAUUGCUGAGCCUAAACCUGAGUGAGGAUGCCUCAGUCAGAGAAAUGUGGGUCCUCGGCACCCUCCAGGGAGGGGCUGUUCUGUGGCUGCCCCAGGCCACAGAGCGAGAUGCUGGCACCUAUUAUUGUUACCAUGGCAACGUGACCAUCGAGAUGCAACUGAAGGUCACUGUCCAGUCAGUACAGCGAUGGCUGCUGGAGACUGGUGGCUGGAGAGUCCCUAUUGCAACUUUACUUUAUCUGAUCUUCUGCAUGGGUUCCCUGGUGGGCUUUCUUUACCUUAGAAAAGCCCUGAUUCGGAGGAGGAAAAGAAAGCGAAUGACUGAUCCCGCCAGAAGGUUCUUCAAAGUGACGCCUCCCCCGGGAAGCGGGCCCCACAACCAGUACGGGAACGUGCUCUCCCUUUCCACGCCCACCACCGGCACUGGACGCUCCCUGCGGUGGGCUGCAAGCCUGGGAGCCGCCGUCCCCUACGGAAACCCGCACAGCGCCGUCCGGGAGGCUGGAGCCGCUGGGUCCCGGAGCCCGACGGGAGCAGGCCCAGAAGAAGAAGGCGAGGGUUACGAGGAGCCGGACAGCGAGGAGGGCUCCGAGUUCUACGAGAACGACUCCAACCUCGGGCAGGACCAGCUCUCCCAGGAUGGCAGCGGCUAUGAGGACCCUGACGAGGGGGCUUUGGGUCCCGAGGAUGAAGACUCCUUCUCCAAUGCAUCUGAGUCGUAUGAGAAUGAGGAUGAAGAGCUGGCCCAGCCAGUUGCCAGGACGAAAGACUUCCUCAGCCCCCAUGGGACAGCCUGGGACCCCAGCCGGGAGGCCACCUCCCUUGGGUCCCAGUCUUAUGAGGAUAUGAGAGGGAUCCUGUAUGCUGCCCCCCAGCUUCGCUCCCUGCGUGUCCAGCCUGGACCCAGUCAUGAGGAAGAUGCAGGUUCUUACGAGAAUAUGGACAAUCCCAACGAGCCAGAACCAGCAUGGGGAGGAGGGGCCCAUAUGGGGACCUGGAGCUCCCGGUGAUUCCGUUUAGCCUCGGCCUCCUGAGGCUCCUGAGAGCCACACCUGACUCAAAUCUGGGGACUCCACGCAGACUGUCAACGUCUGGAGCCACGUUGCUCAGGAAUGUGUGUAUCUGUGUGUGUUUGUGUCUACAAGUGAAACUCCAGUCCCCUUUGUGCUGCCCAAAUAAACUCCAUGAG